UCUAUCUUUCAUUUCAACACAGAUGAAAAAUUACAAAACAUAUUUGAAUGAAAUUUGAAAUAACACUUUUGUAAAAGAUUUCACAUAAACAAAGUGAUGGAAGAAAAUUUUGAUUUAUUGUUCAUUCCAUUUGGUGAUAAGAAAAGUUGACUGUACUUCUCAAUUCAAUUUUCUUAGAAGUUAUGUGAGGAUAUCCGGAAGAUUACGUUGUUUCAUUGCAAGAUAAAAUCAUGGCUCAGUCAUUCAGCAAAGUAUCAAUUUUUUCCCCUAUACAUGUGAGCUGCCAUGAUUAUGUCCAUCCGUGGACAGACAGCUGUAUGGAUGCAUUAUGUGGAUUGUAUUUUCGAGCCAUUAUUUACUCCCUUAAGAUGUAUGCAACGGUAUAUGUGUUAUCUCUCAUUACAAGGGGAAAGAUACCUAAUAAAACCGAUGUUAUUAAAACAAUUUAUGGAGUUUUACAAUCCACAGCUUUUUUAAGUGGCACUGGUUUUGGGUACUCUGCAAUAGUCUGUCUCUUAAGGAGAUUAUUAGGGAACUACAAUUUCUUAACAGUAUCAUUCUUCCCAGCUUUUUUUUCAAGUGUAUUUUCAAUUCUGAUUGAAAGGCCUCACCGUAGAACUCUACUAGCUCUUUAUGUUACCAAUGUAGCUACAGAAACAGUUUGGAAUAUGCUAUUAUCUAGAAAUUUAGUUCAGAAUGUCAGAUUCGGUUGUGUUGGAAUAUUUGCUGUCAGUUCUUCACUGUUGUUGACGUAUUAUAAAGCAGGAUGGCAUAAAAAGGAUGACCAUACUAAAGCAGAUCCUAUUUUUGGGAUGUUAAGGUUCAUAGUGGGACCAUAUGAAGAAAAAGACUACAUGGCUAGAUCGAGCCGUGAAAACAGUAUUUAUCGAAAUGAAAAUCAAAAUGACCCUUCCUCUACGAGAAGAGCCACUUCUUGGUGCUCAAAAUCUAAAUCUUCAAAAAAUUCAGUUUACGCUAUAGUCACUCAGGCUUUAAAAGCAUAUAAGAGAAUCAUUGAAAAAGUCAAGUGCUGUGAUAGGCACUAUGCGUGCCCACAUCCAUUUAGUUGUCUCUAUUAUACAAUGCAGGGUGCUGGUAAAAUGUUCAGUUUAGGUUUAGGAAUCCAGGUGACCAUCAAGUUAGUGCUCAAUUUCAAAAGGAUAAUUAGCUCGCCAAAAUCUGUUAAGUCUCUUUUCAUGAAAAAGGAAAUUUUGAAUCUAGCUGUUUGCUUAGGGGGAUUUUCUGGAUUAUUCAGAGCAGUUUUGUGUCUUUUAAGGAGAAGUACAGGCAAAGAUCUUCCGAUAUAUGCUCUUCCAGCUGGUGCUAUUGCUGGAACAGCUUUCUACAAAUAUCCUGAUACUACAGUAGCACUUUAUAUUAUGUGGAAGAUGUUGCAGAUUACUUAUAAUAUCGGAGUUGACCGGGACAUGCUGCCAAAAGUGCCUGGAUUUGCGGAAAUUUUGUACUGUCUCAGUACUGGCCUAUUAUUCCAUGUAGCGAUUAUCGAACCGACGAACCUCAGGCCGAGCUACUGGAAAUUCUUACAUGGAGUGUCUGGAGGAAGAAUUGCUUGCAUGAGUCGAAUACCAAUAGAUCUGUGGGGUUACAAUUCUUCCGAGGCUUUAUCUCAGGUUUUACAAGCUACUAGAACGAGGGCCGUCCUAAGUUGAUAUUUUUGUUUGUUUUUUUUUGAUACAGGGAUUUAGGUAAUUGUUUUUUUAAUUAUUGUUAUUUUAUGAAUUGAGGAAUUGGAUGAUUUUAUAUAUAAUUAUAUUUCUUUGUACUUA